CAGGGUUUUCAGUUACUAAAAACUAGAAUAACCUCUUAUAAAUCCCGGACGUAUCACCGGGAAGGUGUUAUAGCAAUCUCCUUUCGAUAAGGGGAGUGUCCUGUAUUAUGAUCAUGUGAUUGGUAUUACAGGUGUAUGGACAUCAGGGCCCCGUAACACAAAGGUUAGAGAUUAAUCGGUAAUUUGGGAGAACAUUUCUGAUUGGUCAGUCUACCGAACAAAAUGCUUAGAAUUUCCAUGGUGUGACGAGUAGCCGUGAAAAAGUGGCAGAAGCGACCCGAACCAAGCUGUUUUAAUUUCCAUGAACUGAUAACCCACCGCGGGCCAUGGGAGCCUAUGCUAUCAACUUCACUAGAAGUGACAUCGACGACCUUGAUCCCCAACAUGCCAGAGAUGGAACGGUCUUCGAAGACUAUGGCUUCGAUAUCAAACAGAGAAUAGGAAUCUCAGUGGUUUACAGUCUAAUUGCAAUAACGGGAAUGGCAGGAAAUGCCUGUGUCUUCAUGGCAGUUCUUCUUUCAAGGAAGCUCCACACGCUAACAAACAUCCUCGUGGUAAAUCUAAGUAUCACAGAUUUCCUGGCAUGCUGCAGUAUUCUUGUCCAAAGUGUAGUUCUUGUGACAUCAGACAAGUUCCUCAAGGUAGUUCCUACUCAGCUUUGCGUCCUAGCCGGUGCAGUCAACUUCGUGAGUGUGUCCAACAGUCUCAUGACGCUUACGCUGAUAGCCUUUAUGCGUUGGUAUGUCAUUACCCGCAGCAUCAGAGGCCAAAGAGGACUCCAUACUCCUGGAAAGGUAGCAACGUUAAUAAUAAUCACUUGGAUAUUCUCGUUGGUCUCCAUGAUACUGCCACCGGCACUUGGGCUAGGAACUUUAGGGUACAGCGCCGCCUACCAUCAAUGCUUGACGAUCGACGAAAACAAACUCGUGGCGUACCUUAGUAUGUUGCAGAGCGGCGGAUGCUUCACCUUUGUUGCCAUUGCUCUUUCUUUUUACUUCGCCAUAUAUCUGUUCGUUCGAAAGAAUACCAGGGCGUUUUCGUUAAGGCUUAGCAAAACUGAAGAAAUCCAGAACGUACAGGAAUCAAGAACAAAUAUAGAGCUAGAUGAAGUGAAAGAUUGCCAUGAACAAAGCCUGAAACAAAGCGAACAACGUUGUCAAAUGGAUGCCCUCUUUCGGGAUCGGGAGUGGAGGAUCACGAAGAACCUUCUUGUUGUAUUCUGCAUAUUCUUAAUUUGUUUCAUUCCAUUCGCCGUAACCCUUGCAAUACCAGGAGGAAGCCUCUCCAAUGUCUACACAACGGCGUUGUUGUAUUUAAACGCUUGUAUCAACCCUGUUGUGUACUGUCUGAAACAUGACCAAUUCAAGGAGGUACUGAGGCCCAUGUUACGGUGCAGGUGGUCAAAGAUUCCACAACCUACCAAGCUUCUAAGACUCUGUUUCCAUCGGUCAGAUCGCGUUUUGCAGUCUCCCAACACCACUUCCACUAGUGCACUGAUUAAAAGAAUGUGAAAUAGAAA